GGUGCACUUACUAAGAAUGAAAUCGAAACGAACUUGUGUGCAUUAAAGACUGAUCUUGCAACUAGUACAGCUCUACUUAUACAUAACAAGAGCUGGAAAGAAUCUAAUAAAAAGCUUGCAAAAGUUGUAUCAAGUAUUCUUGAUAUUUUGAGAAAUAUUUGGAAAAAUCUAGCUUUUGGUCCAAAAAAACUUUCUAUCAGAAAAUCUGGCUAUAUUUCUAUAGCUGAAUAUCAGAGUUUAGCCAGUAAAGAUCAAAGAAGGGUUGAAAAAUGGCUAGAUAUUAUAUUUAUUACUAGUUGUAAUGAUUAG